AUGUCUGACGUCCAGAAGCCUGUCGAGGAGACCCCCGCGGUCGUCCCCGCUGUUGAGACUCCCGCCGUUGAGGCUGCUGUUGAGGCUCCCAAGGAGACCACUGAGGAGACUCCUGCUGCUGCCCCCGUUGAGGAGACUGCCGCCGCUGAGACCACUGAGGCUACUGAAUCCGCUAAGGAGGAGGCCAAGGAGGAGAUCAAGCCCGCUACUGAGGGUACUCUCGGUCACAAGGCCCCCGGUCUCGUCAAGGGUUUCCGCUUCUCCAAGCGUUUCUUCUACUUCACCGAGGAGGCCACUGAGGCCAAGAACCUGGCCGUUUUCCAGCAGAACGAGAAGGCCGCCGUCGCCAACCCCACUGUCGCCUGGGCCACCCAGACCGGAAAGGGUCUUCUGUUCUUCACCAAGCGCGCCGAGGACAAGGCCACUCCCGCCGGUAUCUUCAACCUCGCCGAGGUCACCGAUAUCACCAAGGAGAGCUCCAACGAGUUCAUUUUCAAGGUCGCCGGCCAGAAGCACACCUUCCAGGCCUCCAGCGCCGCUGAGCGCGAUAGCUGGGUCCUUGCUCUCGAGUCCAAGGCUACCGAGGCCAAGGCCGAAAAGGAGAACAUCACCUCCGGCGAGGGCUACAAGGCUGAGCUUGAGAAGCUGACCAAGCCCGCCGUUGCCGUUGCUGCCGCCAAGAAGCCCGUUGAGGAGACCACCGAGGAGACCCCCGCUGAGGAGGCCAAGCCCGCCGAGGAGAAGAAGGAGGAGAAGGCCGCUACCAAGAGCCGCUCCCAGUCUCGCAAGCGCUCCAGCAUCUUCGGCUCCCUCCUAGGCAAGAAGGAGGAGGCCCCCGCCAAGGAGGAGGCUAAGGAAGAGACUGCUGAGGAGACCAAGGCCGCUGAGCCCAUCGCCGAAUCUGCUGCUGAGCCCACUACUGAGGCUGUUGCUGAGCCUGCCGUUGCUGCCACUGAGACCACCGAGGCCGCCCCUGAGGUCCCCGCUAAGGACGAGGCCAAGCCUGAGGAGACCAAGCCCGUUGAGGAGAAGAAGGAGGAGAAGAAGGCUAAGCGCGCUUCCAUCUUCGGCAGCCUGUUCAACAAGGUCUCUUCCCCUUCCCAGGAGAAGUCCGAGAAGGAGGCCACUGCCGUCCCCGCUGAGGAGAACGCCGUUGCCAGCACCGCUCCCCAGCUCGAGAACCCCGUCGAGGAGGCUGAUGUCAAGCCCAUUGAGGCUGAGGCCGUGACUGCCCCUGCUGAGGCUGAGGCUGCCAAGGAUGUCGCCGCUGCCCCCGAGACUCCUGCCGAGACUGCCACCACCCCCAAGGACAAGCGUCGUUCUUCUUUCUUCGGUGCCUUCGGCAAGAAGGAGAAGAAGGAUACCUCCGACAACGAGGCCACCGAUGGUGAGACCAAGGAGGCCAAGAAGGAGAAGUCCAACAAGCUCGGCGGUCUGUUCCGCAAGCCCAGCAAGGCUGUGAAGCUUGACAAGGAGACCCCCGCUGCCGAGGCCGAGACCAAGGCUGAGGAGACCAAGGAGGCCGCCGAGGAGACCCCUGCUGCCGUUACCGAGGAGACUCCCGCUGCCACUGAGGCUACCCAGGCUGCUGAGCCCGCCGCUGAGGAGGCCAAGAACGUCAACGUUGCUGCCGCCACCCCUGUCCAGGCUGCUGCUUGA